AGGUCUGGAUCUCCCGCACCGGCUGGGGGGGUAACCUGCCGCCAUGGGGGUUAAAACGAUGCUCCCCAGCUACGAGCUGGGGUUUUACGCUCUCACCGUGACGUGCGCUGUGGUGUACAGCGGCAGCGGGAUCUUCGAAGCGUCCAGAGAUAGCAUGAACAGAAAGGCCUUUCGGGAUGGCAUAAAGCCGGGCUGGCAUUACUUCGGCAGGAAGAUGGACGUGGCCGAUUUCGAGUGGGUGAUGUGGUUCACCUCGUUCAGGAACGUCAUCAUCUUCGCCCUCUCGGGACACGUCCUCUUCGGCAAGAUCUGCUCCAUGACAGUGCCGCAGCACCGGGCCGUGGUGUACAUGCUGUAUGGGGUCCUGGCCGUGCUGGGCAGCAUGGGGCUUGUCUACCUGAUGAUCAUCCUCUCCCACUGCCUUGUCCUCUACUCCGUUGCGCUGGCCAAGCAGAGGUGGCUCUGCUAUGUGGCUGGGCUUUGCUGUCUCGCUUCUUUCAAGGUGGAACCAUUCAGCUCCUGGCAGAGCGGGUUUGUAACGGGAGCUUUUGAUCUUCAAGAUGUCCUCUUCUAUGGAGGAAGUGGCUUCACCAUCAUGCGCUGCAUGAGCUUUGCACUCGAGAACUCUGAGAGGAAAGAGGGCAUCUAUUCCAUCUUCGACCUCCUCAAGUACAACUUCUACCUCCCCUUCUUCUUCUUUGGGCCUGUCAUGACAUUUGACCAAUUCCACGCCCAGGUGAGCACCCGCGAGCUGAGACGCAAAGAUGACGAGAUGAGGAAUAUCCGGAUCCAUGCCCUCCUCCACGUGGGGGUCAUCAUCACUGUGGAUAUCUUCUUCCACUUCUUCUACAUCCUCACCCUCCCUUCUGACCUGAAGUUCAUGAACCGCCUCUCGGACUGGUCCUUGGCUGGCUUAGCCUACUCCAAUUUGGUGUAUGACUGGGUGAAAGCUGCUGUCAUGUUUGGGGUCAUCAACACCAUCGCCAGACUGGACCACUUGGACCCACCCCAGCCCCCGAAAUGCAUCACCAUGCUCUACGUCUUCGCAGAAACGCAUUUUGACAGAGGGAUUAAUGACUGGCUAUGCAAGUACGUGUAUGACCACAUUGGAGAGAACCACGACAACGUCAUGAAGGAGCUCAUGGCCACCAUCGCCACCUUUGCCAUCACCACCCUGUGGCUGGGGCCCUGUGAGAUCGUUUACAUCUGGUCUGUCUUCAACUGCUUUGGCCUCAACUUUGAGCUCUGGGUGCAGAAGUUCUUCCAGCAGGAGCCUUUUGCCAAACUGGAGGCCAAGAUGUCAGCGGCCAUGUCUCGGCGGAUUAGGGCAGUUUUUGGGGCAGCAAAUUUCUGGGCCAUCGUCCUCUACAACAUCCUAGCCCUGAACAGCCUGGAGUUUGCACUGCUGGUCACCAAGAGACUCCUUCUGACAGGUUUCCCUGUCAGCACCUUGUCCAUCUGGUUCAUCACAUACUGCGGAGUGCAGCUGAUCAAAGAGCGUGAGCGCAUCCUGGCCAUAGAGGAGGAGAAGUGUGACAAAGCAAAGGUGGAGUAGAGGGAGGCAUCGGUGGGCUUGUUCCAAAGCCUUGUCUCCCCUCCAACCACCGCUGCCAGGUCAGCCACUGGCAGGGGCUCUCCAAGCACUCCUGACAAUCGGACUGCUGUAGCUCACCCAUGUAGAAGUCACCUGGAAGGCACAGGUCACCCCCUUGCUGCAGGAAAGAUUUUCUCUAAGACACAGUGGGCGUU